CAGAUAACGCUUUAUCAUUACACCGAUAAAACUGGCGCUGAUGGUAUCAAAAAGAGUAAAGUGAUAAAAGGAUCUACCGUCGAAACACCCAUACAGAAUCGACGACAUGGCUGUGGUAAAUCGCUAGUUUGUUGACUCUUAUACCGUUAGUAAUAUGAGGGUAAUCUCUGAUUUUAAAUGCUAAAAACCAGAACUAGUAUUUUCUCCUACGGUUAUUCUGAAUUUCCAACCAGUAUAAACUGUGCUUUCAAAAUGUCAAUAAUUAUCCGGUGAAAUGGUUGCUAGUUUGGCUACACGUGACCCUUCGCCUUGUCUGUUUCACAGCUUGACCAGUUUUUUUUUUUUUUUUAGGAGUCUAUUUUUCUUCUAUUGACCCAAGCAAUGACCCAAAGAAAAUACUCCUCAACAACUACGACGACGCAGGUCGAGUUGUAAACAGCAAAAGAUUAUGGGCCAAAAUCGAUUGGGUAAUCGAGAUCAACAUGAACGAGAAUGAAGUGGAAAAAGUAUCUGGAGUGUCUAAUCGCGACAUAUACUUGUACGAGGAUGAUGUUCACCUUAAAAAUUAUCAGUAUAGUAUCUACAAAAACCCAAACACAAAAGAUAAGGAUUGA